AUGGAAGCCGCUGGAUUGAUGGAUGUCUUCCCCUGCCUGGUUGUCCGCGGCAUUUGCGCUUAUUCGGAUUCUCACAAGAGCACAGAGUGGCAAGAAUAUGCAGCGGCAACGGCCGCUGCUUAUGCUCGAGAAGUUCUUCUUGUGAUGGCUCCAAGAGUCGUUCAGGGGCUCGCAGAAUCAAACCGUGGUCGACUCGAGUCAUUUGACGAGCGUAGCUACAGUGGUAGGCGAUACCUCCAAAGCCCCUACAUCUCUGCUUACAGAAAUUCCACAGAUUUUCUGAAAAUGCUCUCCUUCACUGAGAUGAAAGUUCGCCAGGAACAGGUCGACCCUGCAUAUAAAGCCACCUACAGGUGGGUGCGGACAUCCACCGAGUAUCUAUCUUGGAAAGCUUCGGACCCGGGAAAGCUCCUCAUUAAAGGAAAAGCUGGCUGUGGAAAGUCUACGUUGAUGAAACAUUUGCUGGAUACCGAAGAGGCGGAAAGACCUCCCGACACCAACUUCGUCGUCUGCGGGUUCUUCUUCAACGGUAGAGGAGUUUCAAUGGAGAAACGUCUUGAUGGAAUGCUGCGAACCAUUCUACACCAGAUUCUCUCUCAAAAUCCUCUCGUCUUUCAGUGUCUCGAACCAUUCUACCUCAAGAUGAAAGCGGCAAGGGGAUCUCAGGUACGGUCGGUGGAAUGGACAAAGGAAACCCUGGAGAAGAUGCUCAAGGAGGUAAUGCAUUUCCCUGAAUUUCGAGCGUUAAUCUUCAUAGAUGCUCUCGACGAGGGUGAAGGGUUUCUGGCGCCCGACGUGUUUGAACUUUUGGAAGAGCAGUUGCAGACAAGCCAGGACCAGUCGACGGCAGCUAUACGGAUUUGCCUGUCAAGCCGGCCUGAUAAUUUCACCGACCACAAAUCAACAUGGACCACGAUUGAUCUUGGCCGAUGCAAUUUUGAGGGCAUCAAGGCAUACGCACAUGCCAAGCUCAGCGAUACUGCGAAUCAAGCCAACGGCGUAUUCUUGUGGGUCAAGCUCGUCAUCGAUCAACUGAGAGAAGCCAUGGUUGAUUGGGAAGAAGUAUCCCAAAUCCGAGCAAUACUUUGUGCCACGCCAACUGAUCUCUACGACGUCUUUCGAGGAAUGUUGAACAAGGUCAAAGCUCAGCAUUGCUCCGCAAUGCAGUUCAUAUUGCAUGUCAUUUUGGUAGCAGAAAGACCUCUGUCCAUUGGGGAGCUGAUAGGACUCGUGGAGUCGCGGUCAUUAUCAUCGUCGAAGCCCUCCGACAACCCAUAUUGCGACACAACACCUGCCAGGUCCAAAUCUACAGAGCAGAUGAGAGUCUGGAUUCAAAAUCGAUGUCGUGGACUUGUCGAAGUCACCGAGCCAGUCGACAAAAAUAAUUGGCGGUACAUACACAAUAAAUGGGCAACAGAAGUACAAUUUAUUCACCAGUCCAUCAAGGACUUUCUCGGAGCCAAUCUUCUUCUGGUCGACCAGAACAACUAUCCAUCGUCGAGCAGCGAAGCAAGGGGUCAUGAGCUCAUGUUCGAAUGCUGCCUGGCGUACCUUGAACAGCCAAAGAUCUUAUCCCUCCAAGACGGUCUUGUCCCUUCCGGUCAGGACGAUCGGCGAAUGUCUGAAGAAGAUAUUGUAGCGAAAUACCCACUGUUAUUUUACUCGCCCUUCUGGAUCAAGCAUCUCACGAGAUUCCUUGAAAUUUGUCCUGAAUAUGGAGACAAGCAACAACUUGAGCGAGCCAAACAAGUCUUCACCAAGUGGUGGGCAUUCCCAUACUAUGGAGGCGCACAUAAAACCUCUACAGGUCUUUACGUAAGAGAAUAUGACAGAGAGUACGGUUACAACCCAAGAAACUACUCGAGCCUCAUGUCAUUUUCUGCCUAUUAUGGCUGCAUUGGGUUGUUUAAAAGCCUCCUGGGCUGCUGCGGAUUGCGUGCAGAGAGACAAUCCCUUGGUGAAUUGUUGCUGAUUGCAUGCAGUUUGCAGAGCCGGAAUUGGCGUUGGGCCGGCGGAACGCCUUUCGGCUCUGAGGACACUGUAUGGCGAGCUAAGGAGCAGAUAGCUAGCCUGUUGCUCGAUGAGGGUGCUGAUGUCAAUUUUCAGCUGCCUGACUCCGAAGAUUACGCCUUUGGAUCGCCUUUGAUUGCCGCUUGUUAUCACGGGGAUACUAGACUUGUGUCCACAUUGAUCAAGCAUGGUGCCGACGUGAACAUGAGAGUUGAAAAUGGAGUCUGCAAAUCUCCUUUGAUUGCAGCCUGUGACAGUAGAAGUGUCCCUGUGGCUGCGCUGUUAGUUGACCAUGGAGCGCUGGUUAAUGUUCACCUUGGGGUUGGGGGAACUCCCCUCGCCGACGCUGUUUGGACAGGGAAUCAAAAUAUGGUAGAGUUCCUGAUCGGAAAGGGGGCAAAUCUCAACCCGCCUCGCGAAUGGUGCAAUUAUGGGUCUCCACUGAUUAUUGCAGCAAAACGGGGAGACGUGGAGAUGGUCAAGUUACUCGUUUCUCGCGGCGCAGAUGUCAAUCUUCAAUGGAAAUACAGGUUCGGCUCUCCUCUGAUCGCGGCAGCUGCGUAUAAGAAGCUGGAAACAGUGGAAUACUUGGUCAAGGCAGGUGCAGAUGUUGAUCUGCUUCCUGAGUUUGGCAGUCAUGGCUCAGCCUUGGCUUGUGCUUGUGCCGGUUCCGGAAACAAAGGAAUGGCCGAGUGGCUCGUUACAAAUGGCGCCAAUAUCAAUCUGGAGCUCAAGAGUGGAGAAUACCGAUCAGCAUUAGCUGCUGCAGCGGCGCAGGGUCAUGUGGGUGUUGUCAGGAUGCUCGUUGACCGUGGGGCCGAGAUCAAUUUGACGCUUCGCACAGGACCACACAGAUCUGCCCUGGCAGAGGUGGCCUCCUCAUACAAGAGUGGAAUCAAGCGGCGUAUAAAGGUGAUGGAGUUCUUGAUCGCGAAGGGUGCUUUUGUCGACGUGGUGCUGUGCGAGAAUAAGUUUGGCGCUACAUUCCUUCGGGUGUUGAAGGGUUUCCAACAGCGCAACGUUGAAGUCGGCACGAGCAGCCAGGGAAACCGGUCGGUGGAUGACCUCUUGCUUGAGAACAAAAAGAUACUCCAUCCCUGGAAUUGGAUGGACUUGAAGGCAUUAGGGCCUUCAGGAGUAUUAGAUGACGAUGGACCGGAAGACGCAGAGGGAUGGCAAGAAAAAGUCGAGAGCUUUGCCUUGGAAGAGUUGUUCCUAUUGGAAAAGGACUGA